AUGGCAUUGUCAGCUAUACUUAUUACUGCUGUGGGAAUCCUUCUGACGUAUGGCCUUCGCAAGUUCCGAUAUUUCUUGGUCGGCCCACGUGCGUAUCACAUCCUCGAUCCUGUGAAUCUCGAAGCUGUAUUAUCUACAAAUUUUGAUGACUAUGGCUUUGGUGCACGUCAUGAUGUUUUCGCUCCUCUCAUGGGCACCGGAAUUUUCACCCAAGAGGGUCCAGCAUGGAAACGCUCUCGUGAGCUGUUGCGGUCCCAGUUUGCAAGAGCUCAAUAUCGAAAUCUUGAGCCCUUCCGAGAACAUGUCGAUAAUCUGAUCGAGCAGGUGUCAGCUGCAGGGCCAGUGCUUGACCUACAGCCGCUGUUCUUCAAACUGACACUUGACACCACGACGGAUUUACUCCUUGGGCAUUCAGUCUACAGCCUGAAAGCUCACCAGAGUGCAGAUGUGAAUAAUGUCGCCUUUGCGAAGAAUUUCGACGCUGGUCAGAGUGGUCUGGCCAAAAGAUUUCGCUUAGCACCGUGGCAGUCGUUGUACAAUCCCAAGCAUUUCAGACAGGCUUGCUCCAGUGUUCAUCGUUUUGUGGAGCAGUAUAUAGAAGAACAGGAUUUGAUCAAGGGCGACAAAUCUCUCUUGGGAGACAAUGAAAGCUUUGUCAGUCAAUUGGCUCAUGAUUCGUCAAGCAAUUACGCAUUACGAGAUCAAUUAUUGAACGUACUCAUUGCUGGACGUGACACAACAGCUUGCUGCUUAAGCUGGACAAUUCGUUUGCUGGUUCGGCAUCCAACGGUCUUGCAGCGCCUGAGAGGCGAGAUUGACGCGGUCCUCAAUCCUGACGACCAUCCGACUCGUGAGCAAAUCCGUCGAAUGCCCUAUCUCUCAUACAUCAUCAAAGAAUCACUUCGGUUGUUUCCUCCAGUACCAUUGAAUAAUCGCACUGCCAAUAGGCAUACGAUUCUACCGCGCGGUGGCGGAUUGGACGGAAAAUCCCCAAUUUUAGUACGCAAAGGGGAGCUUGUGGUCUUCUCCCAAUACGUUAAUUCUCGACGAAAGAACAUAUAUGGUCCUGACGCGGAACUUUUUCGACCUGAAAGAUGGGAAGGAUUGAAUGCAGCAGAGAACUUUGGAUGGGCCUACUUUCCCUUCAAUGGGGGACCGAGGGCGUGUUUGGGACAGGACUUUGCAGUGAUGGAGGCAAGCUAUACGAUCAUAAGACUUCUGCAGACCUUUCCAAAGAUCUCACUUCCCCGUGACGAGGACUCAGAUGAAAAGAUUGGGACCGAGAAGCAAAGGCUUACGCUCGUCCUCUCGCCUGCAAAUGGGUGUCGAGUAGACAUUGGACAUGGACGUAUUUAA